CGCUCAAUCUGUAACCACCAGCAACAGAGGCGGUGGGGUGGUGAGGGAAAACGCGUUUUAAUUUUUUUAUUUUUUUGCACUGAACGAUAUUAUCAGCUGUCACGGAGAUCACAAAUACAAACAAAGGAAACGUUUUCCACCUCCCAAACGUAUGGUUUGGCCCCAUAUCUGACCGCCCCGGUUAUUUCUCAUUUUUUAUUGGUAAAUGUAGCUGGCUAGCAAGCAAGCUAGCUGAUGAUCAAUACACUGGCUACAUGAUAGCCGCACAUCAGAGCAAACCGUAGCCUCUUAGGGCUAAAAGCUUUUUUCCCUUCUUUUUGGAAACACGCAUUUUAAUCAUUGAGAGAAUACAGGAUUUACUGCGUUUUGUGCGUGUUGGAGGGCGCACAUACAAAAACAUUGGGGGCACAGUGCCCAGCUAGCUACUGCUGGACAGGACCAGAAAAGCGGUCCAGUUGUGUGGAAUAUUAAUUGUUCUGGUUUUAUUUUUUAUCCAUUUAUUUUUUUUAAAUCCGUAUGAACAAUGUUAUCUUCCGUAACAAACAUGUUCGCUGCAGGAUUGCUUUUCCUAGGAUUUUUGCACAGUUCGGAGGUUAUCGUUCCAGGUACAGCCAUUGGUGCUCCAAAGACGUGCAGCCCCAAGCAGUUUGUGUGUAAGGACCAGGUGACCUGCAUCUCCAAGGGGUGGCGCUGCGACGGGGAGAAGGACUGUCCCGACGGCUCCGACGAGUCGCCUGACGUCUGUCCGCACAGUCGGGUGUCCCGCUGCCCUCCCAAUGAGUACCAGUGCCUGGGCACAGACCUGUGCAUCCACAUGAGCAAGCUGUGUGACGGGGUCCACGACUGCACCGACGGCUGGGACGAAGGCCCGCACUGCCGAGAGCUCGCCUCCAACUGCACGGUGUUCAACUGCCAGUACAACUGCUCCCCGACCCUGGCGGGACCCAUGUGCUACUGCAAGAGCGCCUUCAAGAUCGGCCUGGAUGGCAAGACUUGCGAAGAUUUUGACGAGUGUACGGUGUAUGGGACCUGCAGCCAGUCCUGCACCAACACUGAGGGCUCCUACACCUGCAGCUGUGUGGAGGGCUACCUGCUGCAGCCGGACAACCGCUCCUGCAAGGCUAAGAAUGAACCAGUGGACCGGCCCCCGGUCCUCCUCAUAGCCAACUCCCAGAACAUCCAGGCCACGUCCCUGAGCGGCACCCCGGUCCACAGCCUGCUGUCCACCAGCACCAAGCAGACCACCGCCAUGGACUUCCUGUACGCCGAGGAGACGGUGUGCUGGAUCCACGUGGGCGACACGGCCCCCGGCACCCAGCUCAAGUGCGCCAAGAUCCCCAACCUGAAGGGCUUCACCGAGGAGAGGACCAUCAACAUCUCCCUGAGCCUGCACCAUGUGGAGCAGAUGGCCAUUGACUGGCUGACGGGAAACUUCUACUUUGUGGACGACGUGGACGACCGCAUCUUCGUCUGCGACAAGGACGGCGGGACCUGCGUCACGCUGCUGGACCAGGAGCUCUACAACCCGAAAGGCAUCGCCCUGGACCCCACCAUGGGGAAGGUGUUCUUCACGGACUACGGGCAGAUCCCCAAGGUGGAGCGCUGCGACAUGGACGGUCAGAACCGGACCAAGCUGGUGGACAGCAAGAUCGUCUUCCCGCACGGCAUCACGCUGGACCUGGUCAACCGCCUGGUGUACUGGGCCGACGCCUACCUGGACUACAUCGAGGUGGUGGACUAUGAGGGCAAGAACCGCCACACCAUCAUCCAGGGCCUGCUGAUCGAGCAUCUGUACGGCCUGACCGUGUUUGAGAACUACCUGUACGCCACCAACUCGGACAACGCCAACAUGCAGCCCAAGACCAGCGUGAUCCGGGUCAACCGCUUCAACAGCUCCGACUACCACGUGGUCACCCGCGUGGACAAGGGGGGCGCCCUGCACGUCUACCACCAGAGACGCCAGCCCCCAGUUCGGAGCCACGCCUGCGAGCCCGACCAGUUUGGGAAGGCGGGCGGCUGCUCCGACAUCUGUCUCCUGGGAAACAACCACAAGUCCCGCACCUGCCGCUGCCGCUCCGGCUUCAGCCUGGGCAGCGACCACAAGUCCUGCAAGAAGCCAGAGCACGAGCUCUUCCUGGUGUACGGGAAGGGGCGGCCGGGCAUCAUCCGGGGCAUGGACAUGAACGCCAAGGUGCCCGACGAGUACAUGAUCCCCAUCGAGAACCUGAUGAACCCGCGCGCCCUGGACUUCCACGCCGAGACCGAGUUCAUCUACUUCGCCGACGCCACCAGCUACCUGAUCGGCCGGCAGAAGAUCGACGGCACGGAGAGGGACACCAUCCUGAAGGAAGGGAUCCACACGGUGGAGGGCAUCGCCGUGGACUGGCUGGCCAACAACCUGUACUGGACGGACGACGGGCCCAAGAAGACCAUCAGCGUGGCGCGGCUGGAGAAGGCCUCGCAGACGCGCAAGACCCUCAUCGAGGGCAAGAUGACGCACCCCCGCGCCAUCGUGGUGGACCCCGUCAACGGCUGGAUGUACUGGACGGACUGGGAGGAGGACCCCAGCGAGAGCAAGCGGGGGAAGAUCGAGCGCGCCUGGAUGGACGGCUCCAACCGCAACGUCUUCCUCACCUCCAAGACCAUCCUGUGGCCCAACGGCCUGAGCCUGGACAUCCCGCAGGGCAUCCUGUACUGGGUGGACGCCUACUACGACCGCAUCGAGAUGGUCUACAUCAACAGCACCGAGCGCAAGACGGUCUACGAGGGCCAGGAGCUGAACCACGCCUUCGGCCUGUGCCACUACAAGAACUUCCUGUUCUGGAACGAGUACCGCAGCGGCAGCAUCUACAAGCUGGACCAGGGCGACAAGACCGUCACCCUGCUGCGCAACGAGCGCCCGCCCAUCUUCGAGAUCCGCAUGUACGACGCCCAGCAGCAGGAAGGGGCCAACAUUUGUAACGUGAAUAACGGUGGCUGCAGCAGCCUGUGUCUGGCCAUCCCCGGGGGCAGGCAGUGUGCCUGCGCAGAGGACCAGCUGCUGGACGCAGACGCAGUCAACUGCAAAGCGAACCCCUCCUACAUCCCGCCCCCUCAGUGCCAGCCCGGGGAGUUCGCCUGCAAGAACAACCGCUGCAUCCAGGAGCGCUGGAAGUGCGACGGAGACAACGACUGCCUGGACAACAGCGACGAGGCGCCCGAGCUCUGCCACCAGCACACCUGCCCCACGGACCGCUUCAAGUGCCAGAACAACCGCUGCAUCCCGCUGCGCUGGCUCUGCGACGGCGACAACGACUGCGGCAACGACGAGGACGAGUCCAACACCACCUGCUCAGCACGGACAUGCCCGCCCAACCAGUUCCCCUGUGCCAGCGGCCGCUGCAUUCCCAUCUCCUGGACCUGCGACCUCGACGACGACUGCGGCGACCGAUCCGAUGAGCCCGCCUCCUGUGCCUAUCCCACCUGCUUCCCCCUCACUCAGUUCACCUGCGACAACGGCCGCUGCAUCAACAUCAACUGGCGCUGCGACAACGAUAAUGACUGCGGGGACAACAGCGACGAGGCAGGCUGCAGCCACUCCUGCUCCAGCGCGCAGUUCAAAUGCAACAGCGGCCGCUGCAUCCCGGAGUACUGGACCUGCGACGGGGACAACGACUGCGGCGACUUCAGCGACGAGACCCACGCCAACUGCACCAAUCAGGCCACCCGCCCUCCCGGCGGCUGCCACAUCGACGAGUUCCAGUGCCGCAUGGACGGGCUGUGCAUCCCCAUGCGCUGGCGCUGCGACGGCGACACCGACUGCAUGGACCUGAGCGACGAGAAGAACUGCGAGGGCGUCACGCACAUGUGCGACCCCGCCGUCAAGUUCGGCUGCAGAAACUCCGCCCGCUGCAUCAGCAAGGCCUGGGUGUGCGACGGGGACAGCGACUGCGAGGACAACUCCGACGAGGAGAACUGCGAGGCCCUGGUGUGCAAGCUGUCCCACCACGUCUGCGCCAACGACACCUCCAUCUGCCUGCCCGCCGAGAAGCUGUGCGACGGCACGGACGACUGCCCCGACGGCUCGGACGAGAAGCUCUGCGAUCUGUGCUCCCUGGAAAAUGGCGGCUGCAGCCACAACUGCACGGUGGCGCCGGGCGAGGGCAUCCUGUGCUCCUGCCCGCUGGGCAUGGAGCUGGGCACCGACAACAAGACCUGCCAGAUCCAGAGCUUCUGCGCCAAGCACCUCAAGUGCAGCCAGCGCUGCGAGCAGGAGAAGAACCACGUCAAGUGCUCCUGCUACGAGGGCUGGGCCCUGGAGCCCGACAUGGAGAACUGCAAGAGCCUGGAUCCAUUCAAGCCUUUCAUCAUCUUCUCAAACCGCCACGAGAUCCGGCGGAUCGACCUGUACAAGGGCGAGUUCAGCGUCCUGGUGCCCGGCCUCCGCAACACCAUCGCCCUCGACUUCCACCUCAACCAGAGCUCCCUCUACUGGACCGACGUUGUGGAGGACAAGAUCUACCGCGGCAAGCUGUCGGAGAAUGGCGCUCUGACCAGCUUUGAGGUGGUGAUCCAGUAUGGACUGGCCACCCCAGAGGGCCUGGCAGUGGACUGGAUCGCUGGAAACAUCUACUGGGUGGAGAGCAACCUGGACCAGAUCGAGGUGGCCAAGCUGGACGGUACCAUGCGCACCACCCUUCUGGCCGGGGAGGUGGAGCACCCCCGAGCCAUCGCCCUGGACCCCCGAAAAGGAAUUCUGUUCUGGACGGACUGGGACGCCAGUUUGCCCAGGAUAGAGGCGGCGUCCAUGAGCGGAGAGGGCCGGCGAACCAUCCACAAAGAGACGGGGAACGGCGGGUGGCCCAACGGGCUGACCGUGGACUACCUGGAGGAGCGCAUCCUGUGGAUCGACGCCAGGUCUGAUGCCAUCUACUCUGCGAAGUACGACGGGUCCGGGCUGAUCGAGGUCCUCCGGGGACACGAGUACCUGUCGCACCCUUUUGCCGUCACCAUGUACGGGGGGGAGGUGUACUGGACCGACUGGCGCACCAACACCCUGGCCAAGGCCAACAAGUGGACGGGGAACAACGUGACUGUGGUGCAGAGGACCAACACCCAGCCUUUCGACCUGCAGGUCUACCACCCCUCCAGGCAGCCGCAAGCUCCUAAUCCGUGCGAGGGCAACGAAGGAAGAGGUCCCUGCUCCCACCUGUGCCUGAUCAACUACAACCAGACCUUCGCCUGCGCCUGCCCCCACCUCAUGAAGCUGAGCACCGACAGGCACACCUGCUAUGAGUCGCGGCAGUUCCUCCUCUACGCCCGGCAGAUCGAGAUCCGGGGCGUGGACAUCGACAACCCGUACUACAACUACAUCAUCUCCUUCACCAUGCCGGACAUCGACAACGUGACGGUGCUGGACUACGACGCGCUGGAGCACCGCAUUUACUGGUCGGACGUGCGCACGCAGACCAUCAGGCGCGCCUUCAUCAACGGCACCGGGGUGGAGACGGUGGUGUCUGCCGACUUGCCGAAUGCUCAUGGCUUAGCGGUGGACUGGGUUUCGCGGAACCUGUUCUGGACCAGCUACGACGCCAACAAGAAGCAGAUCAACGUGGCUCGACUGGACGGCUCCUUCAAGAACGCCGUGAUCCAGGGCCUGGAUAAACCCCACUGCCUGGUGCUGCACCCUAUCUUAGGAAAGCUGUACUGGACAGACGGAGACAACAUCAGCAUCGCCAACACGGACGGCACCAACCGCAGCAUUCUGUUCACCAAUCAGAAGGGGCCUGUGGGCCUGUCCAUCGACUUCGACGAGGAGCGUCUGUACUGGGUCAGCUCGGCCAACAGCACCAUCAGCCGCUGCCGGCUGGACGGGACGGGCCUGGAGGUUCUGGAGGGGGUCAAGGGCAAGCUGACCAAGGCCACGGCGCUGGCCAUCAUGGGAGACAAGCUGUGGUGGGCGGACCAGGGCACGGAGCAGAUCGGGACGUGCGACAAGAAGGACGGGGGGAACUGGAAGGUGCUGAGGAACAGCACGUCGCCCAUGAUGCACAUGAGGAUCUACAACGAGACUGUGCAGAAAGGUAGCAACCUGUGCAGCGUGAAUAACGGGGACUGCUCCCAGCUGUGCCUGCCCACCUCCGCCACCUCCCGGGCCUGCAUGUGCACCGCCGGGUACAGCCUGCGCAGCGGCCAGCGCUCCUGCGAGGGUGUGGGCUCCUUCCUGCUGUACUCUGUGCACGAGGGAAUCAGAGGGAUACCCCUGGAGCCCUCCGACAAGUCCGACGCCCUGGUGCCCGUCUCUGGCACCUCCCUGGCCGUGGGUAUCGACUUCCACGCCGACAACGACACCAUCUACUGGGUGGACAUGGGCCUGAGCACCAUCAGCCGCGCCAAGAGGGACCAGACCUGGCGCGAGGACGUGGUGACCAACGGCAUCGGCCGAGUGGAGGGCAUCGCCGUGGACUGGAUCGCAGGAAACAUUUACUGGACCGACCAGGGCUUCGACGUCAUCGAGGUGGCCCGGCUGAACGGGUCGUUCCGUUACGUGGUGAUCUCCCAGGGCCUGGACAAGCCGAGGGCCAUCACCGUGCACCCCGCGAAAGGGUACCUGUUCUGGACCGAGUGGGGUCAGUACCCGCGCAUCGAGAGGUCGCGUCUGGACGGCACCCAGAGGGCCGUGCUGGUCAACGUCAGCAUCAGCUGGCCCAACGGCAUCUCCAUCGACUACCAGGACGGGAUGCUCUACUGGUGCGACGCCCGGACGGACAAGAUCGAGCGCAUCAACUUGGAGACGGGGGAGAACCGCGAGGUGGUGCUGGCGAACAACAACAUGGACAUGUUCUCCGUCUCCGUCUUCGAGAACUACAUCUACUGGAGCGACAGGACUCACGCGAAUGGCUCCAUCAAGCGGGGACACAAGGACAACGCCACCGAAUCCGUGUCUCUGAGGACUGGCAUCGGUGUACAGCUUAAAGACAUCAAGGUCUUCAACCGCGCCAGACAGCAGGGGACAAACGUAUGCAAAGACAACAACGGCGGCUGCCAGCAGCUCUGCCUCUACCGCGGCAACGACCAGCGCACCUGCGCCUGCGCCCACGGCAUGCUGGCGGAGGACGGGAGCGGGUGCCGCGACUACGAGGGCUACCUGCUGUACUCGGAGCGCACCAUCCUGAAGAGCGUCCACCUGUCGGACGAGAGCAACCUCAACGCGCCCAUAAAGCCCUUCGAGGACCCGGACCACAUGAAGAACGUCAUCGCCCUCGCCUUCGACUACCGCGGCGGCGGCGGGAAGGGCGCCAACCGCAUCUUCUUCAGCGACAUCCACUUCGGCAACAUCCAGCAGAUCAACGACGACGGCUCCGACCGCAAGACCGUGGUGGAGAACGUGGGUUCGGUGGAGGGGCUGGCCUACCACCGGGCCUGGGACACCCUGUACUGGACCAGCUACACCACCUCCACCAUCACGCGCCACACGGUGGACCAGAGUCGCUGGGGCGCCUACGACCGCGACACCGUGGUCACCAUGUCCAGCGACGACCACCCGCGCGCCUUCGUGCUGGACGAGUGCCAGGACCUGAUGUUCUGGACCAAUUGGAACGAGCAGUCCCCCAGCAUCAUGCGGGCGUCGCUGUCGGGCGCCAACGUGCUGGUGAUCAUCGGGCACGACAUCCGCACGCCCAACGGCCUGGCCAUCGACCACCGCUCCGAGAAGCUCUACUUCUCCGACGCCACGCUGGACAAGAUCGAGCGCUGCGAGUACGACGGGUCGCACCGCUACGUGGUCCUGAAAAACGAGCCGGUGCACCCCUUCGGGCUGGCCGUCUACGGCGACUACAUCUUCUGGACCGACUGGGUUCGGAGGGCCGUCCUCCGGGCCGACAAGUACGUGGGCGGAGACAUGAAGGUCCUGCGGGCGGACAUUCCCCAGCAGCCAAUGGGCAUCGCCGCCGUGGCCAACGACACCAACGGCUGCGAAUUCUCCCCCUGUCGGGUGAACAACGGGGGCUGCCAGGACCUGUGCCUGCUGACCUCCGAUGGGCGGGUCAACUGCAGUUGCCGUGGCGACCGCAAGCUGAUGGAGGACAGCACCUGCUCAGCCCUGAACACGACGUGCAACAGCGUCGACGAGUUUGAGUGCGGGAACGGCGACUGCAUCAGCUACAACCAGACCUGCGACGGCAUGGCCAACUGCAAGGACAAGUCCGACGAGAAGCAGUCCUACUGCGCCAACCGCGUGUGCAAGAAGGGCUACAGACGCUGCCUCAACGGCCGCUGCAUCGCCCACCGCUUCUGGUGCAACUCGGAGGACAACUGCGGCGACAACUCGGACGAGCAGCCCUGCAACGCGACCCUGUGCACCGUGGAGGAGUUCCAGUGCCGGAACGGAGGCUGCAUCUCCAACUCCAGCCGCUGCAACCAGGUGGUGGACUGCGACGACGCCAGCGAUGAGAUGAACUGCCCUCCCACUGAUUGCUCCAGCUAUUUCCGUCUGGGAGUGAAGGGCUUGACGUACCAGAAGUGUGAGUUCACCACAUUCUGCUAUGACUCGUCAUGGCUCUGCGAUGGCUCUAACGACUGCGGGGACUUCUCUGAUGAGCGAAACUGUCCAGAAAAGAAAAAGACCAAGUGCCCGGUGAACUUCUUCGCCUGCCCCAGCGGCCGCUGCAUCCCUACGAGCUGGACCUGCGACAAGGAGAACGACUGCGAGAAUGGCGCAGACGAGACGCACUGCGACAAGUUCUGCUCGGCCACGCAGUUCGAGUGCGGCAACCACCACUGCAUCUCUGACCGCUGGGUCUGCGACGGGGCGGACGACUGCGGGGACGGCACGGACGAGGACAGCCGAUGCAAGAACAAGACGUGCAGCCCGGAGGCGUUCCAGUGUCCCGGGUCGCACGUGUGCGUCCCCCAGCGGUGGAAGUGCGACGGGGACAAGGACUGCCCCGACGGCGCGGACGAGAGCGUCAAGGCCGGAUGCGUGUUCACCAACACCUGCGAGGAGAGCGAGUUCAUGUGCCAGAACCGCCAGUGCAUCCCCAAGCACUUCGUCUGCGACCACGACAACGACUGCGGCGACGGCUCCGACGAGUCGCCCGAGUGCGAGUACCCCACGUGCGGGCCCAACGAGUUCCGCUGCGCUAACGGCCGCUGCCUGGCCCAGGGCAGGUGGGAGUGCGACGGGGAUUUCGACUGUCACGACCGCUCGGACGAGGCACCCAAAAACCCCCACUGCACCGGCCCAGAGAAGAAGUGCAACGACACGGCCUUCGUGUGCAAGAACGGGAAGUGCCUGAACGAGACGCUGCUGUGCGACCGUAACGACGACUGCGGCGACGGCUCCGACGAGCUCAACUGCUUCGUCAACGAGUGCCUGAACCGCAAGCUGAGCGGCUGCUCCCAGCUCUGCGAGGACCUCAAGAUCGGCUACAAGUGCAGGUGUCAGCCCGGGUUCCACCUGAAGGACGACGGGAAGACCUGCGUGGACAUAGACGAGUGCACCAGCACCUACCCCUGCACGCAGCGCUGCAUCAACACCUACGGAAGCUUCCAGUGCCUGUGCGUGGAGGGCUUCCAGCAGCGGCCCGACGACCACACCGCCUGCAAGUCCACCUCCGAGGAGGAACCAUUCCUGAUCUUCGCUAACCGCUACUACCUGAGGAGGCUGAACCUGGACGGCUCUAACUACACCCUGUUAAAGCAGGGCCUGAACAACGCGGUCGCCCUGGACUUUGACUACAGGGAGCAGAUGAUCUACUGGACGGACGUGACCACGCAGGGGAGCAUGAUCCGCCGCAUGAACAUCAAUGGCAGCAAUGUACAGGUGCUGCACCGCACCUCUCUCAGCAACCCAGACGGAUUGGCUGUGGACUGGGUGGGCGGGAACCUGUACUGGUGUGACAAAGGCAGGGACACCAUAGAGGUGUCGAAGCUGAACGGGGCCUACAGGACGGUGCUGGUGAACACGGGCCUGAGGGAGCCGCGCGCCGUCGCCGUGGACGUCCGCAACGGGUACCUGUACUGGUCGGACUGGGGCGACAACCCCCACAUCGGCCGCAUCGGCAUGGACGGCAGCAACCGCAGCGUGAUCGUGCAGGACCGCAUCACCUGGCCCAACGGCCUCACGCUCGACUUCAUCAACGACCGCAUCUACUGGGCCGACGCCCGCGAAGACUACAUCGAGUUUGCCAGCCUGGACGGAACCAACCGCCACACAGUGCUAAGCCAGGACAUCCCGCACAUCUUUGCCAUGACGAUCUUCGAGGAGUUCAUCUACUGGACCGACUGGGAGACCAAGUCCAUCAACCGCGCGCACAAGUCCCUGGGAACUAACAAAACCAUGCUGAUCAGCACCCUGCACCGCCCAAUGGACAUCCACAUCUACCACCCCUACCGCCAGCCCGAAGUGACUAACCACCCCUGCCAGACGGACAACGGGGGCUGCAGCAACCUGUGCCUCCUCUCCCCGGGCGGGGGCCACAAGUGCGCCUGUCCCACCAACUUCUACCUGGCCAACGACGGGCGCCAGUGCAUGUCCAACUGCACGGCCAGCCAGUUUGUUUGCCAGAACGACAAGUGCAUUCCCUUCUGGUGGAAGUGCGACACAGAGGACGACUGCGGGGACCGGUCUGACGAGCCUGCCGACUGCCCUGAGUUUAAGUGCCGCCCGGGUCAGUUCCAGUGCGGUACCGGGAUCUGCACCAACCCCGCCUACAUCUGCGACGGGGACAACGACUGCCAGGACCACUCCGAUGAGGCGAACUGCGAUAUCCACGUGUGCCUGCCCAGCCAGUUCAAAUGCUCCCACCCCAGCCGCUGCAUCCCCGGAAUCUUCCGUUGCAACGGCCAGGACAACUGCGGAGAGGGGGAGGACGAGCGAGACUGCCCCGAGGUCACCUGCGCCCCCAACCAGUUCCAGUGCGCCAUCACCAAGCGCUGCAUCCCGCGCGUCUGGGUGUGCGACCGUGACAACGACUGCGUGGACGGCUCUGACGAACCCGCCAACUGCACCCAGAUGACCUGCGGGGUGGACGAGUUUCGCUGCAAGGACUCGGGCCGCUGCAUCCCCGCCCGCUGGAAGUGCGACGGGGAGGACGACUGCGGCGACGCGUCCGACGAGCCCAAGGAGGAGUGCGAUGAAAGAACCUGCGAGCCCUAUCAGUUCCGCUGUAAGAACAACCGCUGCGUUCCGGGCCGCUGGCAGUGUGACUACGACAACGACUGCGGGGACAACUCGGACGAGGACAAGUGUGUGCCGCGGAAGUGCUCGGAGAGCGAGUUCGCCUGCACUAACGGCCGCUGCAUUGCGGGGAGGUGGAAGUGCGAUGGAGACCACGACUGUGCUGAUGGGUCGGAUGAGAAUGGCUGCGAUCUGAAAUGCGACAGCGACCAGUUCCAGUGCAAGAACGGCCACUGCAUCCCCAUCCGCUGGCGCUGCGACGCGGACGCCGACUGCAUGGACGGCAGCGACGAGGAGAAAUGCGACAGCGGAGUCGGGCGACACUGCCCCCUGGACGAGUUCCAGUGCAACAACACCCUGUGCAAGCCGCUGGCCUGGAAGUGUGACGGCGAGGACGACUGCGGGGACAACUCUGACGAGAACCCCGAAGAGUGCAAGAAGUUCCAGUGCCCGCCCACCCGCCAGUUCCGCUGCAGCAACGACCGCGUCUGCCUGUGGGUCAGCAAGCAGUGCGACGGCAUCGACAACUGCGGGGACAACAGCGACGAGCUCAACUGCCAGGGGUCCAAGACCACGCCCGUCUGCGAGAAGGACGAGUUCACAUGCAGCAACGGCAGGUGCGUCAGCUCCACGCUGCGCUGCAACUUCUUCAACGACUGCGAGGACUACGGCUCGGACGAGAUCGGCUGCAAGAGAGACACUGUGCUGAAGGACUGCCUUAGCAACGGGACCCAGUGCGGAGACGGGGACGAGGCGCACUGCGUCACCAACGGCACCAACUCCUUCUGCUCCUGCAAGCCAGGCUUCCAGAAGACUGGCCACAACAUCUGCGAAGAUAAGAAUGAGUGCAAGCAGUUUGGAGUCUGCUCCCACAUGUGCAACAACACCAAGGGAUCCUACAAGUGCAGCUGCCACAAGUACUUCACCAGGAUCAAUGACACCUGCAAGGCUGACAAUAUCAACAGCAACAGGCAGGUGCUGUACAUCGCCGACGACAACGAGAUCCGCAGCCUGGACCCGGGCAUGCCCAACGGGCUGUACGAGCAGACGUUCCAGGGCGACGCCAACGUGCGCAUCAACGCCAUGGACCUGCACGUCAAGUCCAAUAAGAUCUUCUGGACCAACUGGCACACGGGCCGCAUCUCCGUCUACGAGCUGCCCGCCUCCUCGCCCAACUCCAACACCAACACCAACUCCAACUCCCACCGCAACCGUCGGCAGACUGAGACGCGCGUCACCGACCUGGAGAUCCCUGGUCUGAAGAUGCCUCGCGGGAUCGCGGUGGACUGGGUCGCCAGGAACAUCUACUGGACCGACUCCGGGCGGGACGUGAUCGAGGUGGCCCAGAUGAACGGGCAGCACCGCAAGACCCUGAUCUCGGGCAUGAUCGACGAGCCCUACGCCAUCGUGGUGGACCCCCAGAGAGGGACUAUGUACUGGGCGGACUGGGGAAACCACCCCAAGAUCGAGACCGCCGCCAUGGACGGAACCAUGAGGGAAACCCUGGUCCAUGAGAACAUCCAGUGGCCCACAGGUCUGGCCGUGGACUACUUCAACGAGCGCCUGUACUGGGCCGACGCCAAGCUGUCCGUCAUCGGCAGCGUGCGGCUCAACGGGACCGACCCGGUGGUGGCCGUCAGCAGCAUCAAAAACAACCUCCACCUCCCCUUCAGCAUUGACAUCUUCGAGGACUACAUCUACGGCGUCACCUACAUCAACAACUUCGUCUUCCGAGUGAACAAGUUUGGCAAGGGGACCAUGGAGAACCUGACCACGGGCAUGAACCACGCCACCGACAUCGUCCUGUACCACCGCAACAAGCAGCCCGAGAUAACCAACCCCUGCGACCGCAAGAAGUGCGAGUGGCUGUGCCUCCUGAGCCCCAGCGGGCCCGUGUGCACCUGCCCCAACGGCCACACGCUGGACAACGGCACCUGCAUGGAGCUGCCCUCCCCCACGCCGCCGCCCGGCCCCCCGGGGUCCUGCACGGUGCAGUGUCUGAACGGGGGCAGCUGCUUCCUCAACGCCCGCAAGCAGCCCAAAUGCCGGUGCCAGCCCAACUACAGCGGGGAGACGUGCGAGAUCGACCAGUGCAGGGACUACUGCCAGAACGGGGGCACCUGCACCGCCUCCCCGACAGGGACCCCCACCUGCCGCUGCCAGACUGGGUUCACGGGGCCCAACUGCAACCAGCAGACCUGCAAGAGCUACUGCCAGAAUGGCGGCAACUGCACCGUCAGCCAGGGCAACCAGCCCACCUGCCGCUGUCCAGCCGACUUCCUGGGAGACCAGUGCCAGUUCCGGGCGUGCGAGGGGCACUGCCAGAACGGCGGCGUGUGCCUGCAGGCCCCCAGCGGCGCCGAGCACUGCCGCUGCCCGCCAAAGUACGACGGGCACUCCUGCGAGAUCGACAAGUGCCACUACUGCUGGGACGGCAAGUGCAUCCCCAAAGGCGUGCAGUCCAACGGAGAGGUCACCUGCAGGUGCGCAGACGGGCAGAUCCAGCCCAGCUGUUACACGUGUAAAGAGUACUGCAUCCACGGACUGUGCUCCAUCAACCCCCGCUCACAGCUGCCAGUGUGCCAGUGUCCGGCAGGCUGGAAGGGAUAUCGCUGUGACACGCCCAGUACGGCCGCGGUCUCCCCAGAUUCAAACAGCCGAACCGCCUCCAUCGUCAUACCGGUGCUCCUGCUGCUCCUGCUGGUGCUGCUCGUCGCUGGCGCCGUCUUGUGGUACAGGAGGAGAAUGCGUGGGUCUGUAAGGCCGGGCAAAUCCUGCUCAAGACGCUCGCGCGCCAAGGGCUUCCAGCACCAGAGGAUGACCAACGGGGCCAUGAACGUGGAGAUCGGGAACCCGGCCUACAAGAUCUACGAGGGCGAGCCGGACGACGACUCCGGGGAGCUCCUGGACUCGGACUUCACGCUGGACCCAGACAAGCCCACCAACUUCACCAACCCGGUGUACGCCACCCUGUACAUGGGCGCCCACAACAGCCGCAACUCCCUGACCAGCACGGACGAGAAGAGAGAGCUGCUGUCCAGAGGGGACGAGGACAUGGGGGACCCGCUGGCAUAGGCCGGCGCCCCCUACUGUCAGCAAAACGCCGCUACACAACAUUUAUCACCUUUUUAUUUUGCCUUUUAAAGAAAAACAAAAGUACGAAAAGCAACAAAAAAAAGCAAGAACACUGUAUAAAAUGUACAAAAUGAAGGACUACUUUUGUAUGUGAUUGCAGUAUUAUAUUUUGUUCUUUUACAAUUCUUCUGGUCGAAAAAAGAAAACCUUUUUCUAAAAGAUUUUUUUUUCUUUUCUUUUUUCUUUUUCUUUUUUUUUUACUUUUAACCCCUCCCCUUUACCCAAAAUAGCCACUACCUCUGUGCAGCAAUGAAAUGGGGGGAGAGAGAAGGAAGGAGAAGAAACAGAACAACAGUGGAACAAUUUUAAUUUUUUAUUUUUGUAUGAAUUGUAUAGACAAAAAAAAGAACGUUGUUCCAUCCAAUAGCGCCAAGUGUCUGUUGUUUGCAGUGCCAGAGAGCCGGAGGGUGAGCUCAGAGAUCAAGUUAAGUAGCCAGUGCAGUAUGUUUGUUCGCCCCCACAUGGAUCGGUACUGCUGGACGUGCGUGGAGAGAGGAUCGGGGGAGUUGCGUUUGGAGUGUACAGCACACGUAAAAUGUUGGCUUGGUGGCAUCUUCAGUGUUUUCCAUGUUUCUCACUCAGAAGCCAGUGUCGAAGAAUGACUGUGUUUUCUUCCUUGCACAGACAGGUAUUGCUUAAGUGUUUUCGAAGUUAUCCACAAGAAUGCAAACGUGUACCUUGACAAAGUCAAGGACAGUACGGUUUUUUUUUUACGUUUUAAAGUUUUAGGGUUGGAGAGAUGUACAAAUAGAAUUGAUGUGCAUAAAAAUGAAUUUGUGUACGGUGAGGGGAUUGUGGCGGUGAUGGAACAUUCCGGGGUCGUGAUGCUUCCAGGACGGGAGAUUGGCGGGAGACAGGGACCACAUGUGGACGUAAGCGGAAAUGUUGUGAUUUGCGUAGCGACUUCUAACGGGUCCCUGCAAGUCUUUACAGAUUGUGUGAACCAGGUCUGCGCAGCACUGUCAGAGGCUGAUCAGUGCGUAGCCAGAAUUACAUUACAGGCAUUUAUAGUAUUUAGUAAAGGGGGGAGAAGACAGGGAAGCAUAUCUUCUUAUUCACUAACUCUUUUUUUGUUUUUGCAAGGGCUGGACAGCAUACAGUAUACAUGGCACUUCUGUGUGGAUUUUAGUGAUUUUUUUAUUUUAAAAAGGAUGAUUUGCUCAUACAGUAGGUUUGUGUUAAUGCUCAUUUUAAACCAUUCCGAAGAGUUCUGUAAUGUCUCUAGUCGCAUUUACUCGGUAUUUUGUUUUUUGUUCUUGUGUUUUUUUUCCGCCACGCUGCUAACGCUACGGUUUGUCUGUUUGAUACAUUCAAGCUCAGCUAGUCACAUUGUGCUGAGUAGCUGCUUGUGUUGAAGGUGAUCAGCCAUAUUAAAUGCAUGUGAACAACAACAAAAAGAAACGGAAAUAACUAGAGUAACCAUCCUCACCCGACACCACGCAACAGUAUUCAUGCGAGUGUGAUUUAGAUUGUUUUUAAUUUUUUUUAUUUUAGCUCUUCUUGCUUUUUCAUUUUUGAUCGCGAAGGAGAAACGAGUACAAUCAUUUGUUCUAAAAACUUUUUGCAAAAUCAUACAUGCAUUUUUUUUUAAAGAUUUUGUUUUUGUUUUAUUUUUUAAAAAAAUGACAAAAUAGCUUUUAUAGUAGAAAUGCAUGGAUGCUCAGACUUUCUUCUGGAAAGAAUGUUUUUUUUUUUUGCUGGAGUACUUUACAAACUAAAUAACAGAUAUUGUUAUAAAUAAAAAUUUUAAAAGUGUACAGAAAAAC